CAACUUUGACAACAAUAUUGACAUGUUUAAAAGCAUUAUUCAAAAGAAGAAAGAGCAAGUCAUUAAUAAAAGAAAAUCGACAGGAAACAUAGAUGAUACGUUUGAAGAUAUGAUUUGUAAAGACUGUCAGGAGAUAGGACAUGCCAACAAAAGUUACUAUAAAUGCAAAUUUUAUAAAGAAGCUUCUGUAGACGAUGUUGGAACAUCCACUGGAAAAAGAAGAAAACAAAGUUCAGGCGUGAAGCAAGAAAAACAAAAAGCAAAAAGACAAAAAACAGCAGCAUGUUCUUCAUCGAUUGUUUGUAGUAGUUGUAAACAAACUGGCCAUAAGUCAGCACGCUCUCCAGAUUGCCCUAAUCAUAUGUUGUCAAAAAACGAGGUUUUUAGCCGAAGUUUGGGACAACAAUUUAAAACAUUCACAAGAAAGUUACCGUUUGAUCAAUGUGUUCACAGUUCUUACCAGAGUGCCUUGAAGUCUAGGAUCAUCUCUGCAUGUGAAGACACGCGGCAAGUGGUAUUCAGAGCUCAGCUUUUUAUCAACCAGUACAUUUUGAACUUAAAAGUCCAUUCGAAUCAUAUCUUUAAACAAAAUUUUUGGUAUUCAAUAUGUCAAUUAGUUACGGAUAAGCGAGUGACGAACAGUGCUGCACUUCCAGAAGGCUUACUUGAAAACUGGAAUUUGUUUAGACAAAGUCAUGGAAGCAUCAUAUAUACCAAAAAGCCUGCGAGUGGAACUAGCCAAUGUCUUUCAGAAUCAUGUGUACAACUAGCGACCACAUACACAAACUGCAUAGCCGAAAACUUUGAAGCAAGAUUGCUUAAAUACCUUUCGUAUCUUAUUCAAAACACUUUUGUG